UGGUUUAGAUUAUAUAUUAUAUAUGUAUACAUAUCACAAACCAUUGACCACUCAUUGACGAGCACAAACAUAAUCUAUCAUAAAGAUCAUAUUGGGCGAUCAUAUAUAUAUAUAUAUAAUGUCAAGCAGAAGAUCAAGACAAUUAUCAUCUGGGGCUUCCAGAAUUACAGAUGACCAGAUCAUACAACUCAUCUCCAAAUUGCAACAGCUUCUUCCCGGGACUCGUAUUCAGCGAUCUAACAAGUCAUCUGCUUCAAAGGUUCUGCAAGAGACUUGCAGCUAUGUUCGAAGCUUGCAUCAGGAGGUUGAUGACCUUAGUGAUCGACUUUCACAGUUAUUAUCCACCAUUGAUGCCAAUAGCCCUGAAGCUUCCAUUGUUCGAAGCUUAAUUAUAUAAAUGCAACCCCAUCCAUCUCUACAUAUUAACAUUUGUUAAUCGUCUCUCCAAGGUGUAGUUUAAUAAUAAAAAAAACCCGUUGUUACA